AUGCAAGCUAUAAAAGGAAAAGAAGCAGGCGUCAAAGCCCACAUCACUGCGAGCGGCACCGUCGCUAGGGGAAUGGCGUCUGGGCCACUUCUUGAUGACCAUGAAGAGACAACAACACUGGAAGGGAGAAGAGCUCCUUUGGGCGCCACGGAGAUGGGCGCUCAUUUGGAUGUCUUAGGCGACCUGGGCGAACAGGCCAUGGAGGCCAUGAAGGUGGGUGAGAUGGGCAUUGAGGCGCCAAGUGGUGCACAAGGGGCAGCCCCUGAUAGUGGUGCAGGCGCGCAGAGCAGCCCGUUAGGCAAGCAAAGGUGUUUGAAGAGUUUUGGCGAGGAUGGAGCUUUGGGCGAACAAGGGGCUGCCUUGGGCGAGCCUGGGGCGAGCCUGGGGCGGAGGGUGCUAAUAUGGUCGAGUAGCAGGUGUUGUGGGGCGCGAUCCUGA